GUUUGGGUUUCAUUUGGCCCAUUAAUACAUAUGGGCCAGAUGGAUGACAUUAAGGCCCAUACGAAGCAGAAGAAAUAUACUCAGGUGAAGUGGUUGAACUUGAAGGUGAUGGAGAUGGAGAUGGAGAUGGAGUCGUCGUUGUCUUAUUGGGAAUACACGGGAAUCCUCGUACUACGCCCUCUCCUCGCCGUAGGGUUCGUUCUAUCCUUAAUUUCGCUAGGUUGGUUGUUGGCGUGGAAACUGGUGCUGGUGCACGUGCCAUUGGUGCAAGAGGUUUUUGGCCUUAGAAAGAAACCCGUCCGAUCCAAGCCUCCAACUGGUCGCUUCUCCAAAAUUUACAGCACCAUUCAUGCCCAAAAUUUACCUUCCACAUCAUGAGAUCAUUAAAUUGUGAAGAGAUAUGUUGGAGAUGAUAAACAUGGGGUCUUGGACUGUAGAACAGGCAGUGAUUCAUUGAUUGAAAUAAAUGAAGAAACUCCCAAGUAGCAGGCAACACGCCUCAAAAACUCGUGCGAUUGGAAUAUUACACACCUUGUACAUAAUGUUGGUUAACUUCAGAAAACUAAGCCGUGAAUGGAAUGCAACUAGAGGGAUCCGACCAUCCAUCUUCCUUCUACUCUAUUUAGUGCUCUCUGUAACUAGUUUGUCAAACUCAAUUUAUGAUUAAUUAUGAUUUGUUUUUAUGCUAGCUUUUGGCCAUAUAUUGUUCCGUACAAGGUACAAGCACCUAGGUAAGAUGAUACCUAAAUAUUAAAGACUUGGGUUAGUAUCAAUUUAGUUACAAGCUUGUUGACAUUUAUAUUAAUUUUUCUGUUGAUGAUAAAAGAUACGGCAUCAUGUAGGACC